GUCACCCGUGCGGGGACUGACUGUUGAGUGGGCUCAUGGCUCGGGCCGCUGAAUCCUGGGCCUCCGGACAGACCCUCGCUCUUAACCCGCACCCUGGCCCCUGGCAGGUUUUGAGAACCCUGGCGGAGGAGAGUCUGGAGGGACUACUUGAGCUUCUCAAAAGGUCGUCUUGCUCUUUAGAGACUUGCUUAUCUGGCUGGACUGGUCUGGGGAAUGUAGAGGAGGAUUUACACCCUCCUUUCUGUUUGCUAUUUACAGAUUCUGUGAAAACAUCUACUCAGAUGAAAUAUAAGGAAAUAUAAUACAGACAAGCAUGGAAAGUGAGGACACAGAGAAACUACAAGAAAUGAAGACAGACCUGAACUUAUUAUUGGAGUGUCUAAAGUAUCAAAUGGACAACCCUUUUUCACAAAAGGAAGCUUUGGUCACUAUUCAUUCAAUUUGUCAACAAAACAGUAAUGCAGGUAUUUAUUUUCGGGAAAUUGGCGGUUUGAUGUUUGUAAAAAAUCUUGCAAAAUCAAGUGAACAUAGCGUGGUAAAAGAAGCAGCAUUAUAUACGUUAGGAGCUGUUGCAGAAAAAGAUGUUUACUGUCAGCAAACUUUGUGCACUUCAGAGUUGUUUGAAGAUUUAAUUUGGUUCUUAUCUAAUGAUUCAAACACAAAUUUGAAAAGAAUGUCUGUCUAUGUUAUUUUGGUUCUGGUUUCAAAUAAUAGGACUGGACAAACACUUGUGAGAGAAACAGGUUGUAUUACAGUUCUGUCACGGUUGUUCAGGACAGUUCUUUCAAAAUACGAGUUGAAUUUAUUAGAUGAAAAUGUUUUCCAGAAUUAUCAGUUGUGGUCUUCGGUGUGUAGUACCCUGUGUGUUUGUGUCAACAAUCCUCAAAAUGAUGAAAAUCAAUUGUUUUGCUGUUCACUUUUUCCACAUGCUAAUGAGUGGCUAAUAAAUUGCAUGAAACCUGAGAUAAUUCGCCCAAUUUGCUCAUUUAUUGGACUCACUCUUGCAAAUAACACAUAUGUUCAGAAAUACUUUAUAUCUGUGGGUGGACUCGAUGUAUUGUCUCAAGUUCUUGUGCAGCUGGAAUCUGAUUCACACGAGACUCUUUCCAGUGCUAAGCUUGCAGUGGUGGUGACAAAGACAGUGGAUGCGUGUAUUGCUGAUAAUCCUACUUUUGGGAUAGUACUAUCCAAGUACCACAUUGUUUCAAAACUUCUGGCAUUACUGCUUCAUGAAAGUCUGGAUUCAGGAGAAAAAUUCAGCAUCAUACUUACUAUUGGUCAUUGCACAGAGGAUUGUGAGGAAAAUCAGUAUGACCUUUUUAAAAACAAUGGGCUUCCACUCAUGAUACAAGCCUUAACUGAAUCUCAGAAUGAGGACCUAAACAAAGCUGCCACAUUUGUGCUUCACAACUGCAAAAAGAUUACUGAGAAAUUAUCUCUAAGUCUAGGAGAAUAUUCUUUUGAUGAAAAUGAAACAGAACAAUUAAAGGAUAUAAAUGUGAAAGAAAAGAAUCUUGAAGAGCACUGGAAGAAAGCAAAAGAAAUUCUAUACAGAAUAGAACAGCUUGAAAGGGAAGGAAAUGAGGUUGGUUUCUUUGUUUCAUAG